AGUCAACUCAGCCAAUAUGCAAUUCAAUCUCGGUUUUCUGGCGCUUCUUUUGAGCGUUUCCUUUGUCGCUGCUAAUGACUUCAAGUCCACGUGCAAGGACUACAAAUACAAGAGCCAUAUCUUCCAUGCCAAGUGCGAAGAUGAAGCUGGCACAUACAUAGCCACCACUCUGCUUCUGGAUGACUGUAUUGGCAAUGACGAUGGAUACCUAAAGUGGGAGAAAGAUGGCGAUUUCACUGCAUCCUGCAACUCUGGAGAGCUCAUUCUUAUUGACGAUACUGUUUGGUUCUCGGCAAACUGUGCGAAGCCGGAUGGUUCGUACAGUGUUGUUACAGAGAUUGACUUGAAUGCUGGGAUCACCAAUGACGAUGGAACUUUGAAAUGUGACGAUUGAAAUUACUGUAUCUACUCUCCACUCUUAUAUAGUAUGGGC